AUAUUCUAUAGAUAUGAUUCACUGCCUCGGGUUUUCUCGUUUGAGUUACUUCAGAAAUGUAAGUGCUGUUGCUCAACAUGUCAAUACUGUAGAUGCAUACUUUCAGAAAAGUGUCUGCCCUGUAGGAAAUUGUACAUCAGUAAAUUUCGGCUACAGUUAAAUUAUGGGGUUGUUACUGAAAGAUAAACUAAUUUCCAGUGGUGUGUUUAUUUCUUAAUAUUAAAGCUUUCGCACAAAAUGGCAAGCUUUCACGAACCGAGCAGAGCAUAAUAUUUUUAUGACGGUACCUAUACAAUCCUCUGGUGAAAACCUCUCUUACAGUUUUACGUUCAGUAUCAACCCGUCACCUGGAAUACAUAUGUGCGACCCGUCAUUCACUGCUAAAAAGACAAAGGAGGGGCAAUGCUCUUUUAUCUUUCAUUUAUAAUGUGACAUCAUACUUGGGAAAUAGAAAGCGAAAAUGGGAAUAGUGGCAGGAAACGGGGAUAUGCUGUCACAGAGAGAAGGAACACAGUAAGUGAGCCGACACGGAGAAGAGCAAUAGCGACGUCUCAGUCUGUCACCCUACCAAGCUGAUAUUUGUGACAAAGACGGCAAUAGCAGAAAGAUGAACAGAAGCACACCUCAGAGGGGAUCAUCCUCCAGGAGACAGUGCUCAGUUCCAUCCACACCCUCUGGAGAGCACCAGACAACUCCAACACUCAGAAGGACCACAUCCACCCCCAUCGAUCACCAACCUAGCCUGGGCAGAGAGGCAGAGGAGGGUGGGUUUCUGGACAGAGAUGAAGGUAGCCCUAUAGAGGACUCUCAGACUGGGGCAUUGCUGGGUCAGGAUGAUGGAAAUGCCAGUACCCCAGCCACACUCACCUCACACCUCCCUUGGCAGAGACCACACCUGGCAGCCGAGAUCCCCAAACCAGGGGACGAGCUGGCCCCUAUCUCCCCAGAGCUGGCCCGUUGGAUCAGGCUUCGGGCCCAGGACCUUAAGCUCCGCCAGAGUGACCGGCAGUGGGCCGUGGACCUGGUCAACCAUCUCCGGGAAAGCCUGCUGGUCUUCCUCAAGAACAGUGACGAGCAGCCCUACUUCCAGUCAGCCUCUGUGCUCAGCAGUGGCUCAUACUACGAGAUGGUCAAGAUACUCAACCCAAAUGAGUUUGACAUGAUGCUGAAGCUCCAGUCUCCUUCCCGCCUCAAAAUGACUGAGCUGGACCAAUACCACGGCCUCUUCUACGAAGUCGCCCUAUUCCGAUCAACCCGUUCCCACAUACGGUCUUUCCUUUUGGACGAUGGGCUCACCAUCUCAGCCAGCAAGAUCAUAAGUGAAAUGCACCGUCUGGUCCGCAAGUUCAUCAGCACCUACAGAGUGCCUGGAAAUAGCUGGCGUUGGGUUGUGAAUAGGAAGCGUCCAAACUCCCCAGCGGUGACACUUUCCCUGUUGGAGGUGGAUAAUGGGAAACAGGAACUACUUUCUGUGGAUGUGGUGCCCGCCCUGGAAGUGCCCUCCUCACAGGGCUGGCCUCUGGCUGCCCGCGCCGGCCCAGAUGUGGACAACUGGCUGGGGAAGAAGACCCGGCGCUCUCUCACCCACCAAACUUGCUUCUUUGUGCCCAAGAAACCCCCGGGACGAAACCUUAGUGAGGCAGCUAAAGAGAGUUGGAGGAUUUCCUUUUCUCACAUAGAAAAGGAACUGAUCAAGACUCAUGGGAACAAGAGGACCUGCUGUGAGACCUCUGCCACCAAGUGCUGCCGUAAGCAGUGCUUCAAGCUCCUUAAGUGCCUGAUCGAGGGACUGAAGCAACGCUACCCUCAAGAGCUGGAUGCUCUGUGCUCCUACCACGGGAAGACAGCCUUCCUACACACCCUCUCGAUCAGGGCCCAGGACUCCCUGUGGACGCCCCGUCAGCUGCCUGCCUGCUUCAUGCACCUCCUAAGGGCCCUGGAGGGCCACGCAAGCAGUGGUCUGCUCCCCCACUUCUUUGUCCCCACCUCCAACCUCUUUGCCCCACCAACCUUCCCGCGCAAAGCUUUGGUGUUUCUGAUUGAGGCUCUGGGGGAGCAGAGGAGACAGGGGUUUCCCCUUUUAAUGCCCCCGGCUCCUGCCCCACCACUGGCAGUGCACUCCCACAGUGACUCCCAGCCCCAGCUUUCCCCUGUUGUACAGAAGACUUCUGUUAUCCAGUAUCCUGUUAUCCUGCCACCCCAAGUUGUUGAGAUGAAAUCCUUUGGGCAAAUGUUCAAAAUUGUGGCUUUGGUUAUGGUUCUUGUCUAUGUUUGUUACCUCCUGUAGAGGUGUCUGUCCUGCCCAUCGGUGGUAGGAAGGUGGCAGAGACAGUCUAUCUACAGCAGAUGGUGGUACAAUGACAUGCAGCUGUAGAAAAUGGUAUGCCAUUUUGAAACAGUAUAACAUAGGAUAGGAUUCCAGAUUUGUAUUUCUCUCUAAAUCAUGUCUUUGCUCUAGACACAGUGAAACAUUUAGCCCAAAAGUAAAAAUGUUGUAUUUGUAUAUACAGUGCAUUCGGGAAUUAUUCAGACCCCUUCCUUUUUCAAAUUUUUUUAUGCUGCAGCCUUAUUCUAAACUGUUCCUCAUUAAUCUACACACAAUACCCCACAAUGACGAAGUGAAAACAGGUUUUUAGAAAUGUAUAAAAAAAUAACAAACAGAAAUACCUUAUUUACAUAAGUAUUCAGACCUUUUGCUAUGAUUCUCGAAAUUGAGCUCAGGUGCAUCCUGUUUCCAUUGAUCAUCCUUUAUAUGUUUCUACAACUUGAUUGGAGUCCACCUGUGGUAAAUUCAAUUGAUUGGACAUGAUUUGGAAAGUAACACACCUGUUAAUAUAAGGUCCCACAGUUGACAAUGCAUGUUAGAGCAAAAACCAAGCCAUGAGGUCAAAAGAAUUGUCCAAGAGGCACCAAGACAGGUACCGAAAAAUGUCUGCAGCUUUGAAGGUCUCCAAGAACACAGUGGCCUCCAUCAUUCUUAAAUGGAAGUAGUUUGGAACCACCAAGACUCUUCCUAGAGCUGGCCGCCAGCGACAGAGCUCCAGAGUUCCACUGUGGCGAUGGGAGAACCUUCCAGAAGGAAAACUAUCUCUGCAGCACUGCCCCAAUCAGGCCUUUAUGGUAGAGUGGCCAGAUGGAAGCCACUCUUCAGUAAAAGGCACAUGAUUCUCUGGUCUGAUGAAACCAAGAUUGAACUCUUUGGCCUGAAUGCCAAGUGUCACAUCUGGAAGAUAACUUGGUCCCUUCCCUACGGGAGGGCAUAGUGGUGGCAGCAUCAUGCUGUGGGGAUGUUUUUCAGCACCAGAGACUGGGUGACUAGUCAGGAUUGAGGGAAAGAUCAACAGAGCAAAAUACAAUGAGAUCCUUGAUGAAAACCUGCUCCAGAGCGCUCAGGACCUGACUGUGGCGAAGGUUCAGCUUCAAACAGGACAACGACUCUGAGCACACAGCCAAGACAACGCAGGAGUGGAUUUGGGACAAGUCUCUGAAGGUCCUUGAGUGGCCCAGCCAGAGCCCGGACUUGAACCCGAUCUAACAUCUGCACAGAGACCUGAAAAUAGCUGUGCAGCGAAGCUCCCCAUCCAACCUGACAGAGCUUGAGAGGAUCUGGGAGAAACUCUCCAAAGACAGUUGUGCCCAGCUAGUAGUGUCAUACCCAAGAAGACUUGAGGCUGUAAUCGCUGCCAAAGGUGCUUCAAGAAAGUACUGAGUAAAGGGUCUGAAUACUUAAGUACUGACCAAUCUAAAGACUAGAGCUGCCGCUUUCAAGGGGCGGGACACUAAUCCGGACGCUUAUAAGAAAUCCUGCUAUGCACUCAGAUGAACCAUCAAACAGGCAAAGUGUCAAUACAGAACUAAGAUUGGAUCCUACUACACCAGCUCUGAUGCUCGUCAGAUGUGGCAGGGCUUGCAAACUAUUACGGACUACAAAGGGAAACUCAGCCGCGAGCUGCGCAGUGACGCGAGCCUACCAGACAGUCUAAAUGCCUGUUAUGCUCGCCUUAAGGCAAGCAACACUGAAGCAUGCAUGAGAGCACCAGCUGUUCCAGAUGACUGUGUGAGUGAGAUCUUUAAACAGGUCAACAUUUACAAGGCCACAGGGCCAGACAGGUUACCAGGACGUGUACUCAGAGCGUGCGUGGACCAACUGGCAAGUGUCUUCACUGAUAUUUUCAAUCUCUCCCUGACCGAGUCUGUAGUACCUACAUGUUUCAAGCAGACCGCCAUAGUUCCUGUGCACAAGAAAGCGAAGGUAACCUGCCUAAAUGACUACUGCCCCAUAGCACUCACGUCGGUAGCCAUGAAGUUCUUUGAAAGGCUGGUGAUGGCUCACAUCAACACCAUCAUCCUGGAAACCCUAGACCCACUCCAAUUUGCAUACCACCCCAACAGAUCCACAGAUGACUUAAUCUCAAUCGCACUCCACACUGCCCUAUUCCACCUGGACAAAAUUAAUACCUAUGUGAGAAUGCUGUUCAUUGACUACAGCUCAGCGUUCACCCAUGUAGUGCGCACAAGCUCAUCACCAAGCUAAGGACCCUUGGACAUAACACCUCCCUAUGCAACUGGAUCCUGGACUUCCUGACAGGCCGCGUCCAAGCUUAAGGUUAGGCAACAACACAUUUUCCACGCUGAUCCUCAACACGGGGGGACCCUCAGGGGUGCGUGCUUAGUCCUCUCCUGUACUCCCUGUUCAACCACGACUGUGUGGCCAAGCACGACUCCAACACCAUCAUUAAGUUUGCUGACAACACAACAGUGGUAGGCCUGAUCACCGACAACGACGAGACAGCCUAUAGGGAGGAGGUCAGAGACCUGGCAGUGUGGUGACAGGACAACAACCUCUCAACGUGAGCAAGACAAAGGAGAUGAUCGUGGACGACAGGAAAUGGAGGGCUGAACAGGCCCCCAUCCACAUCGACGGGGUUGUAGUGGAGUAGGUUGAGAACUUCAAUUUCCUUGGUGUGCACGUCACCAACAAACUAUCAUGGUCCAAAUACACCAAGAAAGUGGUGAAGAGACCACGACAAUGCCUUUUCACCCUCAAGAGAUUGAAAAGAUUUGGCAUGGGUCCCCAGACCAUCAAAACGUUCCACAGCUGCACCAUCGAGAGCAUCCUGACCGGUUGCAACACCGCCUGGUAUGGCAACUGCUCGAUAUCCGACCGUAAGGUACUGCAGAGGGUAGUGCAUACGGUGUCAUACAUUACUGGGACCAAGGUUCCUGCCAUCCAGGACCUAUAUACUCGGGGGUGUCAGAGGAAGUUCCAAACAAUUGUCAAAGACUCCAGUCACCCAAGUCAUAGACUGUUCUCUCCAAGUUUAGGUCCAAAAGGCUCCUUAACAGCUUCUAACCUCAAGCCAUAAGACUGCUGAACAAUUAAUCAAAUGGCCACCCAGACUAUUUGCAUUGACACCCCCCCCCCCUUUGUUUUUACACUGCUGCUACUCGCUGUUUAUUAUCUAUGCAUUGUCACUUUACCCCUACCUACAUGUGCAAAUGACCUUGACUAACCUGUACCUCUGCACAUUGACCCUGUACUCCUGUAUAUAGCCUCAUUAUUAUUGUGUUAUAAUACAUUUUUCUUUGAUUUUAUUUAGUCAAUCUUUUCUUAACUCUAUUUUCUUAAAACUGCAUUGUUGGUUAAAGGCUUGUAGGUAAGAAUUUCACGGUAAGGUCUACACCUGUUAUGUUCGGCGCAUGUGGCAAAUAAAAUUGCAUUUGAUUUUUGAAUUCAGAAAAAAAAGAUUUUCUACAAACCUGUUUUAUUGCUUUGUCAUUUUGAUCCAUUAUCAUCAAUUUUAGAAUAAGGCUGAAACGUAACAAAUUGUGGAAAAUGUCAAAGGGUCUGAAUACUUUCCGAAUGCACUGACAGUUAUGCAGAUUUCCAGGAGUAUAGUAGCUACGCAAUGUAUUGUUGGCUACUUCUGUUCGCUACUCCCAAUGUACAUUUACAUUUGAGUCAUUUAACAGACGCUCUUAUCCAGAGCAACUUACAGUAGUGCAUACAUUUUCAUACUUUCUUCGUACCUGUACUUCAUGACAAACAUUUAAAUAAACAUGAUUAAGUAUCUCUUGUCCUGCAUGUAUGAUCUUAUAUUUUAUAAUAUGGUGUGUGUAAAUUAAAUCCUUGUUUCCUUACAGUGCUAUAAGA